UAAAAUGUCAAUGUUAUUUUAUUAUAAAACCUAUCCAAUUGGGCAAAAAUUGUGGGUUGCAACACUAAUUGUGAAUUUUCAUGGAAAAUAUAGAUUAACACUUGUUUAUUUAGCAAAUUUCGAAAUUUGUUAUUUGUGAGAAACUGGUGCAAGAAUCAAAGUAUCUGGAGAAAAAUACAAAACAAAUAUGUGUGAACUUUAAUGAUGUUAUUGAUAGUGUCUUCUUCAUGCCAAGCAAAAUUUUGACUUGAGCAAGUUCAGAUAGGUUAAUCUCUGAGAGUAUUAUUAUGAAAAUGUGGUGGUGUGUAAUUUGCUGACCAAGAAUAAAAACGUGCUACCAAAGCUAUUUACAAACAGAAACUGUUCAAACUUAAUAUUUAGUAGCAGUAUAUGUAUGACAGCCUGCUACCAAAAAACAAUUUGAAGUAUCACCCCUCUAAGGGGUAGUUUAUUCUUGACAAUUUCUGAUAAAAACGUGCUACCAAAACUAUUUACCGUCGAAAACUAUUAAAAAUCGAUAACUGAUGUUACUAUACAUAUAAGUGCUUGCUACCAAACAAUAAUUGAAAUAGCAACUAUUAAAGCAUACUCAAAUAUAGGAAACUACUGCCUGAAUGAAAACUUUAAUCAUCUAUAUUGAGAUCCAAAAGAUAUAGUUUUUCCGAAGCAACAUUUACCUACCUACCAUAGAUAAAAUACCAUAUAUUUUUCAAAAUAAAGAUUUCAUACCAAAACCAUCUUUGGAAGACGAUAGUGAAUUUCUCAAUACUAAAUAUACAGCUGCCAAAAUGAUAAUUCUAUAAGGCAGCGUAACUCUCGUACCCGAAGAGCAAGUUUUUGUAAUUUCCACAAUAAACAAUAAGAAACAUAUGGUGACUUUGUUUCCCCAAGAAACUUGUACCUGUAAGGGAAAGAGAAACUGCCACCACAUUGAGGCAGCCCGUCUGUCUGUUGAUAACAUAACUAAUUCUCAGAAAAAUGUAAAAUUAUCUACAAUCAUCAGGAGGAACAGAGGACACAAGUAGGUCAGGAAGAAAAAGAGCUCCCCAGAAGGUGACAGUGGUUGAAGCUGCUAAAGAUGCUGAAAUAAACUAUGCAAAUUCAGACAGUACUCUUGACACUACCAUCCUCAUUCCAACGGUAACACUAACGGGUGUUUCUAAAAAACGUUUUCUGGCUCCUUUCUCGUCGACUCCUUCAAAAUUUGUAAAACGUUUUUAUGAGAACAAAAUGAAUAUAUUUAGAGAAGCUUCUUCCAUCAGUCCCAUCCCAGAAGAACGAUCGAUGGAGAGGCAAACAUCUUUUUCCAGCGACGGUGACGAGGAAAUGGCUUCAGAUUUGAAUGUUACAAAAACAUUUAAAUUUGAGAAUAAUAAACAGUGCAUCAUCUAUGGUAGACAGAUAUAUCCUAAGAAUUUAGAAUGUCUUGUGAAAGAUGAAGGAGGUGUAAACUUCAAAGACCUUUAUUUGUCAGAUGUGAUAAUUGAUGUUUAUUUAGCUUUUCUAGUAAACGAAGAAAAGAUAAAAGCAUCGGUUGAUAUCUUUCCAGUGGAAGGAUAUUUAGUUAAUUUCUUAGAAUCAGAUAAUAAUAGUUUCAAGACUGCUGCAAAUUAUUUUCUAAAAUUUGGACUUUACGAGAAGGAUAUUUUAUUCAUUUCGGUUUGUAAAAAUGAACAUUUUGUUUUGAUAGUGGUGCUGAAAAAGUUCAAUACUAUACUAUGCUUAAAUAGUAUAAGAAGUAAUAUAGUAUAUCGCAAUGAAAUUUUCUUCGUCAUGGAAGUACUACAGUUCGUUCAUCAACAAAAGCACAUAAGUUUAUCCGAAAAUUGGAAUCUCUACCGGCCAACAGAUUUACCUGUUCAGUAUAACUCAUAUGACUGUGACAUCAUUACCGGAUCUUCCAAGGUUUUAGCAAACCAUCAAUCUCGAGAAAUCAACAAUUACAGAAUUCAUAUUAAAAAACAAUUGACUGAUUUAUUUUACACUACAACUUCAAAUUUCCGUACCUUUGCUUAUGAUAAAAAUAUAGUAGAGAAAGGUACAGCAGGCUUUAAAGGAAACAUUAUCAUAAAGGAAAACAACCAACUACCUCACCUAAGCGGAAAAUCUCUGAUGACAUCAUUACAAUUUCUACAGUCUGUAUCAGUUAAUUAUUGGAAUGAGGAUAUGGCCGGUUUCUGUCAUAUUGGUGCAGCUAAGUGUUUCAAUAUUUUUGAAGAGAUGAUCUUGUGUAUGAAAUGUUAUCAUUGGUACCACCACAACUGCAUAGGUCUUCAACAAAAGCCGAAACAACUUAUCUGUUCAACAUGCCAGGAUUCAUAAAUAUAAUUAGUUAGUUUUAAUACUCGCAUAACGAAUAAAAUACAUGUUAUACCAGGAAAUGUUAAUAUAUUAUAAAUUACGUACCAGAAAGUUUAUAUUGCGUUUAUUUUACUUCUUCAA